GCUGGUUCUGCUGCAUGAGCCCCAGUGCAGAGCAGAGAGACAUACAGAGAGAGAGAGAGAGACAAUCAUGACCUGCCAGGCUUUCAGUAGUACGGACUCUUUCACUACCCUGAGCGGAGACUCUGCCCUUCCACUGCUCAUGCACCACGCUGGAGCUGCUGACUGCCUGCCCGUCACCAGCCACACCACCAACAUGGUGCAGCCAGUUCCCUCGGGUCUGCCUCUCGUCCAGCCGUCCAAGCGCUCUCACAUGCAUCUGUCAACGUCUGCCCUCAGCAACGCAUCGGCCGGCCUGCACUACUCAAUGCCCCCAUGUCACUAUAGCAACCAGCAGACCACCUACGGCAUGAUGGCAGCACAGGAAAUGCUCUCAGCCAGCAUCUCUCAAACCCGCAUCCUGCAAACCUGCAGCGUUCCGCACCCCAACAUGGUCAAUGGAGCCAACUCACUGCAAGGUGCCUUGGCUCCAUGCCUGUAUAAGUUCCCUGAGCAUGGUCUGGGUGGGGGCUCGUGUACUCUGUCCCACAGCUUCCCUCCAUUACCCCAGGCCUUGUUCACAGACGAGCCUAGCCUAGGGGAUAUAAAGCAGGAGCUGCGCAGGAAGAGCCGCCCCCCAGAGGAGCCCCCCGACAUGGAUUCACCCCAGAUCCGUGAGCUAGAGAAGUUUGCCAAUGACUUCAAGCUGAGGAGGAUCAAACUGGGUUACACUCAGACUAAUGUUGGAGAAGCUCUGGCAGCUGUGCAUGGCUCUGAGUUCAGUCAGACUACCAUCUGCCGCUUUGAGAACCUGCAGCUCAGUUUCAAAAAUGCGUGCAAGCUCAAGUCUAUCCUGGCCAAGUGGCUGGAAGAGGCCGAGCAGGCUGGAGCUCUGUUUAAUGAGAAAAUGGGGAUGCAGGAACGGAAACGGAAAAGAAGAACAACCAUCAGUCUGGGGGCUAAGGAAGCACUGGAGAGGAACUUUGUGGAGAAGAGUAAGCCAUCAUCACAGGAGAUUGUGCGCAUGGCAGAGGGGCUUCACUUAGAGAAGGAAGUGGUGCGGGUUUGGUUCUGCAAUCGCAGACAGAGGGAGAAGAGAGUGAAAACCAGUCUACACCACAGCUCACUCAUGGCCAAAGAAACUCCGGCCUGCAGGUAGACCUGCUACAUAUUCAUUUAAAGGCUGUUCUGCUCAAGCCCAAGUGCCUUUACAUCUUCAAACCACAGACAAUCCAAGUAAUGCUACUGACAGUAAGGUUGGACCGCUAAUGUUCUACCGGGAGUUUUGUGUAAAUCUCUGUGAACUGUCCUCCACCUCCAUUCACCAGCAGGAGCAUGUGUUGUACUGUGUGUUGUAUGUAUGGGAAAAAAGUAUACAAUGUAAGCUGUAAAGAUUGUAAAAUAACUAUGAUAACAUUUUCAUAUAAUUUUAUUUUUCUGAAGCAGUUCUCCUUUUGCAUUUGGAGUGCUAUUUACUUUUAAGAAUUUUUUUUUUCUAUGAGAAUAUUCCUGAAAAUACCUGAAAAUGAAUGUUCAAAAGAUAUUUAAGGUAAUA